AACAAGGAAGUAUUUUUUGCCUUUCAAACUAUUCAUUACAGUGGUAGUUUACUACAGAUACAAUUUAGAAGUGGAGGGGACUUGGAUAUCCAAUAAUUAAAGAGGUUACCGGUUUCAUACAAUGAUGGGCUUGACAACAUCUGUGCUUCUUAUUUUAGUAUUAGUUAGUCAGUUCGGAUUAUCGAUACAGGCAUGUGCAGAAUGUGCAUGUUGUAAAGGAAGCUUUACUUGUGUAUCAAACAAGAAUUGUCGUGAUGGUUGUAUCGACGGUUAUCAUGGCCCAAAAUGUACAGAGGAGUGUCUAGAAAAUUGUAAAACUUGUUUCAAUGGUUAUCAAUGUACAGAAUGUAAACCAGGUUAUUACACUGACAAAUGUAAUUUGCAAUGUGGAAAAGGUUGUGCAAACAAUACAUGUUCGCUUUUAUCAGGUGAAUGUACCUGUAAAUCGUCAUACUUUACCAAAGGUAGAUGUGAUACUUGUGUAGGUUUAAAGUAUGGUGAUGAAUGUAAUGAAGCAUGUCCUAGUAACUGUGGCACUUGUACAGCCACAAAAUGUUCAUGGUGUAUAAACACGGUGUUUUACGGAUCAUAUUGUCAGUAUAGAUGUUCAGUUGGUUGUGUCGAUGGAACAUGUAAUAAAGGAACAGGGCAUUGCAUGAACGGAUGUAAAUCUGGUUAUAUUGGUGAUAAAUGUGACACAUGCUCACCUGGUAUAUAUGUUAACCAUUGUGAUUUAAAUUGCACGGAGAAUUGUUCUGCUUGUGUUUCGGCGACAAACUGUACCGAAUGUAAGACCGGCUUUUACGGUGAAAUAUGUACACAUGCUUGUCCAUCUGGUUGUUAUGGAAAUUGUUCACGUACUGAUGGUCGAUGUUUUGAGUGUAAACCGGGAUUUGUCGGAGAAUAUUGUGACUUAUGUAGAAAUGGAACUUAUGGACUUAAUUGUUCCAAAUCGUGUCAUGAAAUAGACCCACAUUGCCAAGUAUGUAGCACAAAUGAAUCAGGUAGUUAUCAAAGCUGCACAGAAUGUGACAGUACCCAUUACCUGGUUAUACCUUUUGGAUAUAACUAUAGUAUAUGUACAGUUUGUUCAAGAAACUGUACAGACAUGGUAUGCGAUGAAGCAGGGUUAUGUACAAAAGGAUGCGUUCGAGGAAAAUGGGGGGUUAAGUGUAACACUGAGUGCGCAAGAAACUGUGAAGUUUGUGACAAAACCAACGGGACAUGCUUGAAAUGCAAUCAUAAUGCAUUCUCACAUAAUUGCUUACAAAUCUGUAGCGCAAAUUGCAAUAAUACCGACAAUGGCCGAGUUUGUACACGGGAUACAGGGAAAUGUCUACAUGGAUGUAAAUCAAUGACAAAUUACGGCGAACAUUGUGAAAACAAUUGUAAUAAAGCUUGCAACAAUAAAAGCUGCGACUGGGAAACGGGACAUUGUUUGUAUGGAUGCAAAGACGGAUUCUAUGGCGAAAAAUGUGAUAAAAAAUGCAGCAGUCAAUGUGUCAAUGCAACUUGCAAUAAGGUUACAGCAGCAUGCAUUCAUGGCUGUGUUGACGGAUAUGAAGGACUGGAAUGUGUUCUGGCUAUUAAAGGUGCCGAUUUGGAAGAAAAGAAACCACUUGUGGUUUUUGCAGGAUCUGCCGGUGCUGGUGUUGUUGUUAUAGUCUUGCUGUUGAUCCUAGUAAUUUGUCUUAUAAAACGAAAUCGAAGACAAAAUUUAUCUUCCAAUACAAAAUGUGAAGAAAACGAUUAUGUACUUGAUAUGAAAAAUAUUCCGAACCAAACUGACGAACCAGGUUUGUUAGACAUUUUAUGUUUUACAUUUUAUAAUUAUUCUUUGGGACAUAACAUCUGGCAAGGUACAGAACUCCAGUUUUUACUGAUGAAAACAAUACAAAGACUGUGGAGCGGCAUUUCCUGUUUGAAGAAACAUUUUUAUAUUGAUAAUUUGCUCACUUGUCCUGUAUCUUUGUGUUAUAUACAUGCGUAAUGCUCCAUUAAAUAUCGU